AUGUUGAUUACGAUUGUCCUGAUCUACACUCCCGAUCUAGCAAAGCUUUAUGCUAUAUCGGGGGAUGCCUGUGCUAUACAUGACCCCAUUCUCCGGAUCACGUUCUCCAAGGAGAACAAGCUCUAUCUACUAAUUCUACUGGCAGCCGCUUUGAUAAUAUUGGGACUCACAUGUUGCUUAUCUAAACUUGCUCAGACACGCGUUCCAAAUCGGGAUGGACAACUUCCCAUUUUUGAAUUCGAGCCACUCACGAAGACGAAAAUCGCAAAAGCGGCUGAGAGUUAUCGCAAUCAGGAAAGAACAAUCGAACUUGGUGAAAAAGGUCUCGACAAUCUUGAGAAGAUUCAAACGAAGAAUUCAGAUCCGUUGCCAAAUCGAACGUUUGUUGGUUUCACCGGCACGGAGAUGUGCGAAUCAGGCCGAGCUCAAUGUGUUCAAGCAUUCGCGAAGAUUCGUCCAUUGAUCGUGACUGCACCGAAUCAUCACCUGAUGUCCUGUAUUGUUCAAAAAAGCAUGUCAACGGUGAUGUCGGCUAUAUUCUGUUUUUUGAUCCGUGAAAAGGAAUUUGUAGAUGCGGGCCGUAGUAUUCUCAGAGAAUAUGCUGAUAUAAGACUUUGUGAAGGAAAAAAUGAAUUCAAAAGUGUAAAGGACAUGGAAGAACGACUGUAUUUACGUCGAAAUGAUCUCAAUAACUGGCGCUUCACUAUGGUUACUCGAGAGCCUGUUGAUCGAUUUCUGUCAGGUUUUAUCGACAGAUGCAUACGGCGAUGCGACAUGGAUGCUUUCUAUGACAGAUAUCAGUUUAUACGGUACUCAAACGAUCCGAGUGAUACGCUUCUGGAUGAUCUAACACCAUUGUUAAGGUCGCAAAAUACAUCGCCAAAUCACCACCUGAUGUCAUGCCUUAUUAAUAAAAGCAUGUCAACAGUGAUGUCAGCAAUAUUCUGUUUUCUCGUUCGUGAAAAAGAGUUUAUGGAAGCGGGUCGUAGCAUCCUGAUGGAAUAUCCUGACAUAAGAUUUUGCGAAGGAAAAAACGAAUUCAGAAGCGUCAAGGAUAUGCAAAAAGGACUGCGUUUGACUGACCACCAAUUGGAUAAAUACCACUUCAGUAUGGUUACUCGAGAGCCCGUCGAUCGAUUUCUGUCCGGUUUCAUUGACAGAUGCAUACGAGUUGGAGAUCCGUGCUUUGGUUGUGGCAGUAACAUAACAUGUUUCCUUGAGGAGGAAUAUAGAAGGCGAUGUGAUAUGCGUGAAUUCUAUAACAGAUAUCAAUUUAUACGAUAUUCAAGUGAUCCUACCAAGACUUUGUUAGAGGAUCUGACACCGAUGCUGAGAUCUCAAAAUGUAUCGGAGUCAUCGAUCAAUUACAUUUCGGAAUCACUCCGUUCUGGACGCACUGCCCACAGUACUGUGAAGUCAGCAGCACGAGUGUUUUUUGAAGAUCGAAUCCGUCACAGCCCAUAUCUCAUGGAAUUGAUUACAGCACCAAACCAUAACCUGAUGUCAUGUCUUAUUCAAAAGAGCAUGUCGACCGUGAUGUCGGCUAUAUUCUGCUAUCUUCUACGGGAAAAAGAAUUUAUCGCUGCUGGCCGUAGCAUUCUGAGGGAAUAUCCUGAUAUAAGAUUUUGUGAAGGAAAAAACGAAUUCAAAAGUGUCAUGGCUAUGGAGAGGGGACUGCAGUCAGAUGGCCCCCAGUUUGAUAAAUGGAAGUUCACUAUGGUCACCCGAGAACCUGUCGAUCGAUUUCUGUCCGGGUUCAUUGACAGAUGCAUACGAGUAGGAGACUCAUGUUUCGGAUGUGGUAUCAAUAUGACGUGUUUCCUUGAGGAGGAAUUGAAGAGGGCCGCAAAGUACGCAUACGGUGAUAGCCACGGUUUUUGGAAACCUAAAAUAACUAUGGAAGAUAUCCACGUUUUUCCGCAAAACUGGCGAUGCGAUAUGGGCACAUUUUAUGAUAGAUAUCAUUUCAUAAGAUAUUCAAACGAUCCCAGCGAGACACUUCUGGAAGAUCUGACGCCAAUUCUGAGGUCUCAAAAUGUGUCUGAAUCAUCCAUCAACUACAUUUCGGAAUCACUUCGUUCCGGGCGCACUGCACACAGCACCGUCAAGUCAGCAGCACGGGUUUUCCUAGAGAAUCGAAUCCGUCACAGCCCUUAUCUCAUGGAGCUAAUUGUUCGGCUAUUCUACUACGAUUACACGUUGCUCAACUACCCUCUGCCAGAUUUGGAUGCCCUUGCGGAACAGAAGGCUUUCCAGAUCUUUGCAUUUGCAGAAUAUCGCAGAAGAACAGCCGAUAGUGCCGUAUUCAAAGAGUCAACGUUAUCGAAGAGACAAAUCGCUUCGGUUGGGAAACGUAAUGUGGAACAGGAAACGACCACGCAAAAAGGUCUCAUCCUUGAUGAUCUGGAAACUAUCAAGCUGAAUAAUGCGGAUCUGCUCCCUCCCAGAAUGUUUGAAAACCUUACUGCUGAUCAGUUAUGUCAGUCAGCAUCGACUGGAUGUCUCAGUCCUUUUAUAAGGACGACUACUCUACUAUCCACGGCUCCAAAUUAUCGUCUGGCUACUUGUCUUGUGCACAAAAAUAUGUCCACCCUAAUGUUAAAUAUAAUCUGUUAUCUCUUGAGGGGACAAGUGUUCAUAGACAUGGGCCGGAGUUUAUUGAAAGAUAACUGGGACACAUCGCGCUGCAAUCUGGAUAAAUACUAUGACAACUACAAAUUCAUCCAAUAUUCAAGUAAUCCAAAUACAAAACUGCUACAAGAUCUCGUCCGCGUUCUAGCAGAGCAGAAGGUUCCUCAGUCGUCCAUCGACUACAUUACGAACGUUUUGCAAUCAGGUCGGACUGGCCAUACCACAUUUACAUCAAAGGCCAGAGCUUUUCUGGAACAUCGCCUUCGUAGCAGCCCUUACCUUAUGGAACUACUUGUUCGCACAUUUUACUACGACUUCAAACUUUUCGGAUACCCACUUCCUGGUCUUGAAUCCAUGGGUCCCAACUUUUUUCAAGGCAGAACUUCCGCCUCCCAAUGA